CAUACUUUGUCGGUUACUCGGCCUGUUCCGCUGGCGAUCUGUCGAGACUGGCUGAUCCGUAGCUGUGGCAGUCAACCGCCGUUUUUAGGGUGAAGAUGGCCGCAGGUCCUCUUUCUGUAUCUUCCAACGCAUCCACAAACAACGAUGGCAUUCUCAUUGGUGACAAAGUUUACUCGGAAGUGUACCUUACAAUCGACAAUUCGCUGAUACCGGAGGAAAGGCUCUCUCCGACGCCGUCGAUGCUCGACGGCCUCGACCUGAACACGGAGACCGACCUUCGUAUCCUUGGAUGUGAACUGAUUCAAUCAGCGGGCAUUCUUCUUCGUUUGCCCCAGGUGGCAAUGGCAACGGGACAGGUGCUCUUUCAUCGCUUUUUCUACUCCAAGUCCUUCGUCAAACACAGUUUUGAGAUUGUUGCUAUGGCUUGUAUCAACUUGGCCUCCAAGAUUGAAGAAGCGCCACGGCGAAUACGAGAUGUCAUCAAUGUUUUCCACCACCUGAGACAGAUCAGAGGCAAAAAGACUCCAAGUUCAUUGAUACUUGAUCAGAACUACAUAAAUACCAAAAACCAAGUCAUCAAAGCGGAGCGGCGGGUCCUGAAGGAGCUGGGCUUUUGUGUCCAUGUCAAGCAUCCACACAAGAUUAUCGUCAUGUAUCUUCAAGUCCUGGAAUGUGAAAAGAACCAGACGCUGGUCCAGACGGCCUGGAACUACAUGAAUGAUAGCCUGAGAACGAAUGUGUUUGUGAGGUUCCAAGCCGAGACGAUAGCCUGUGCCUGCAUAUUCCUUGCUGCCCGUGCUCUCCAGAUACCUCUGCCAUCCAGACCUCAUUGGUACCUGCUGUUUGGAGCCAGUGAAGAUGAGAUCAAAGAGAUCUGCGUCACCACCCUUAGGCUGUACACCAGGAAGAAGCCUAACUAUGACCAACUGGAGAAGGAGGUGGAGCGAAGGAAGGUGUUCUUGGCAGAGGCUAAGCUGAAGGCCAAAGGUCUGAAUCCCGAUGGUACCCCUGCGCUGUCCACGCUAGGUGGCUUCUCUCCUGCUUCCAAGCCCUGCUCCCCGAAUGUGGUUAAGGUGGAAGAGAAGUCCCCGAACCCCCAGACCCUCAAACCAGUGAAGAAGGAGCCAGACAACCGGACUCAGGUCAACAAGAGUCCACACAAUGGUUUGAGGAAAGAUGUGAAGAUCGGGAGGAACAGCAGGAGUGGAAGCCGAUCUCGUUCAAGAACACGAUCCCGGUCUAGAUCCCGCUCCCCUCGCAGACAUUACAACAGCAGACGCAGUUGCUCAGGGACCUACAGUUCUCGCUCACGUUCUCGCUCUCACAGUCGCAGUCCAUCGCCUCGGCGACAUCAGCCCUCACCCCUCCUCCCCCACCUCAAGUCCAAGACCGGCCACCAUGGCAACAGCGACUCCAAGUCCAGCGGACGCCACAGCAACAGCGGUGGAUCUGGUCACAAAAGGAAGCGCUCGCGUUCUCGGUCCCGGUCCCGCACUCCAGUCAAAGUAGACAGAGACCGGGACAGAGAGAGGGAACGCGAGAGAGACAGAGAUCGCAGCUCCUACGACCUCUCCUCAAAGAAACACAAACACGAGCGAGGAGGUGGUCAUCGAGGAGAUAGGAGGGAGAGGGAAAGAUCUCGGUCCUAUGACAGGGACAGAGAGAGGGAGCGUAGCCACAAGAGCAAACACCACAGCAGUAGUGGACACUCAGGGCAUAGCCGUCACCGGCGCUGAGACACACACACACACAAACACACAGACUAGCUCAAGGACUGAUAGUCACUCCAGUAUUUUCAGUAUACUCAAAAUCAGGCAUGUUCUCUGAAUGCUAUUUAAAACUUUUCACUGUUAGCUGGAGUCAUGCUGGCAGACACAUCAUGUUCUUCAAAAGUUUAAAUAUCUAGUUGUGUCACAACUCUUUUUGGAAGUAAACCAAAUAUCUGCAGCCUGUCAGAUGACUCUGCUGACAUGUCGCAAGAGUUGCUGACCAAGCCAUUGGAGGAAAACAUUCAGUAGCAGUCAAAGCCAAAUUCUGCCAUGAUUUAGAGAACAUGCAAAUGUUGAUUUUGGGUAUAAUGCCAGCCUAAUACCAACAUAGUUGGCUUUCUGGGUUUCUCAGAUGCAUCCUGCAACUGACCAAUGGAACAAUUUUAUUUACAGGAAUGUUGAUUGUCUUCAACCUUAUGUUUUGUUGCCCCAAACCAAAUAACUAAUUUAAUUUUGUUAUGAAAAAAUUCUCUAUGAAAAGUAAAGUAUUGACAUUGGAGGCAUUAAUGCAAACUCUGUUGAAAUUGCCUGAAUCCUACACAUAGCUUUUGCAUGCACAGUGUUUUGGUGAUAGUAUUCAUUGCUUUGACUGUCAUCUACACAGCAGCACACCUGGAGCUGAUAAUUGGCAGAGGUGGUUGAUGUUGUGUUGUUGAUUAAAUGUGUGCAUCUGAGGAACCCAGGCUGCAGCAGCAACUACCAGCAUGCAGUGGACUGUCUGUAAGUGUACUAGUCAUUUUUUCACAUGGUCAAACAUGAUUAGUGGUUAAGGGAAGGCACCGAUGCAGUGUGACAUCAGUCCCAGACCUGUCAUCAUCUCCCUUACCUAUAGGUUUUUCUUUUGUUUUCCCACAAUAUCCCCCACAUCACUACCAUCCCUCUAACCUACCGCUGUGUUCUUGGUUUUGGUUAAAGUCUUGGUUAAAGUUACGGACUUUCAGAAAAGAAACUUAUUUACAGUGUAAAGAUGGAUCGAUAUCUGCUGACAAUAUGCAAACGCUUUGAUUUAUAAAAGCGAGCUGCUCAGUGGAAGGAUUGAUUAAAUGUAAAAUAAUGAUCAUUCAGGAAAGAUCAAUAUGUUUGCACAUUUAGAGGCUGGCAGGUGAGUGGGCUUUUUUUUUGUUUUUGACAGGUGUAUGUUGCUAAAGCUGUGUUUUGUACAGUUUCAAGAAAGAAAACUGGUUAUAGAUGUAUGUUUUUCCUUUUUUUUACAGCAGGGGAUGCAGACUAGAUUUCAGAAAAUUUUAGGAUUGUCUGUUCAUUACACUGGUUUUUAGUCUGCACGUGUUAAUGUCUGAUUUUUAUUCAGUAAUAAAUGAGUUAUGCCACUGAA